GUCUCCCGGGGCUGUGAGGAACCAGGCGCAUCUCAAACCGAGCUGGCAGCUCCAGGCUCCAGAGCCAUGCCCUGCACGGACCCUCAUGCUCACCAAGCUCCUGAGGAAUGAAAGGAACCCAGGGACCCUCAGAAGGCAGCAGUGAUGUGGACCAACCCCCUGGAGCCUGCACCCUUCCGAGGGCCAUAGGCGACCCAGGGAACUGGAGAGAGCUCCAGACAGGAAAUCCCAGCUUUCCCAAAGUCCCUGUGGAUGCUGACACAAGGAGACCUGAAUUUUUGGAAGGGCCUGUCCUAGGUUACCCAGCUGCAGAGUGAUUUUCCCCUCUGGCAUUGAACCUCCCUCUCCAACCCCCAGCCAUCUAGAGUACCAUGAAGAAGUAUGAGGAUGUGUGACAGAGGAAUCCAGAUGUUGAUCACUACUGUGGGAGCCUUCGCAGCUUUUAGUUUAAUGACCAUUGCAGUGGGCACGGACUACUGGUUAUAUUCCAGAGGUGUGUGCAGGACUAAAUCUACAAGUGAUAAUGAAACCAGCAGGAAGAAUGAAGAAGUAAUGACCCAUUCAGGGCUGUGGAGGACCUGCUGCCUAGAAGGGGCUUUCCGAGGCGUGUGCAAGAAAAUUGAUCACUUCCCCGAAGAUGCUGACUACGAACAGGACACGGCUGAGUAUCUCCUGCGGGCUGUGAGGGCCUCCAGCGUCUUCCCCAUCCUCAGUGUCACGCUGCUCUUCUUUGGCGGGCUCUGCGUGGCAGCCAGCGAGUUCCACCGCAGCAGACACAAUGUCAUCCUCAGCGCGGGCAUCUUUUUUGUCUCUGCAGGGUUAAGCAACAUCAUCGGCAUCAUAGUUUAUAUAUCAGCCAAUGCUGGAGACCCCGGGCAGCGUGACUCCAAAAAGAGCUACUCCUACGGCUGGUCCUUUUAUUUCGGAGCCUUCUCUUUCAUCAUCGCGGAAAUUGUAGGAGUAGUCGCUGUGCACAUCUAUAUAGAAAAACAUCAGCAGUUACGUGCCAAAUCCCACUCGGAGCUCCUGAAGAAAUCUACCUUUGCUCGCCUUCCACCCUACAGGUAUAGAUUCCGGAGGCGGUCAAGUUCCCGCUCCACAGAGCCCAGAUCCCGAGACCUGUCCCCCAUCAGCAAAGGCUUCCACACCAUCCCUUCCACUGACAUCUCAAUGUUCACCCUUUCCCGGGACCCCUCAAAGAUCACCAUGGGGACCCUCCUCAACUCCGACCGGGACCAUGCUUUUCUACAGUUCCACAAUUCCACGCCCAAAGAGUUCAAAGAGUCGUUGCAUAAUAAUCCGGCCAACAGGCGCACCACGCCCGUCUGAACUGACUUCUGCCCUCUGCCCUCCACCCCAGCACAGCC